UCCACGAUCUUCUGUCCCCCUUCUCCCGUCUGGUAGUUCCUCUGAAGUGCCACGGCGCGCCCCACGUCUUGGAAGCAGAAGCCUCCUUUCCUUCUCUACAGACUGGACGUUCUCAAUAUGAACGGUGUCGUCUAUAUUGUGCAAUUGCAGAGUAUGAUGCAUGACUAUCACAGAAGAAAUUCAUGUCUAUAGCUUUUAAGGACUUGAUUACAUCGUUUUAAAGCCUGAUAGUUUUGGAGUCAACAGUUUAGAAGUUACAGCUGCAUGCAUUUUUCCCAAACCAGUGUUCACCUUAGAAAGAAUAUAAAUUGACAUACCCUGUAAUAACACACAGUGGAUUGUUGAAAGUCUCCUAACUGCGAAAUCACAGCAUAAAUCUAUCUGCCACAGAAAAAGCAAAAUGAUUCCUAAUGGGUAUUUGAUGUUUGAAGAUGAAAACUUCAUUGAAUCGUCUGUUGCCAAGUUAAAUGCUUUGCGCAAAAGUGGCCAAUUUUGUGAUGUUAAGCUUCAGGUCUGUGGACAUGAGAUGUUGGCUCACAGAGCAGUACUGGCCUGCUGCAGUCCUUAUCUUUUUGAAAUCUUCAAUAAUGACAAUGAUUCUCAUGGCGUUUCUCACGUGAAAUUUGAUGAUCUUAAUCCAGAGGCUAUUGAAGUCUUGUUAAAUUAUGCUUACACUGCUCAAUUAAAGGCUGAUAAAGAACUGGUCAAAGAUGUGUACUCUGCAGCUAAGAGGCUGAAGAUGGAGAGAGUCAAACAGGUUUGUGGAGAUUAUUUGCUGUCCAGGAUGAAUGUUGAAAGUUGCAUCUCUUAUCGGAACUUUGCAAGCAACAUGAGUGAUUUACGAUUACUGAACAAGAUUGAUGGUUACAUUCAAGAGCAUUUGUUGCAGAUCUCUGACCAAGAGGAAUUUCUCAAAUUGCCACGUUUAAAGCUGGAGGUUAUGCUUGAAGAUAAUGUGAGCUUGCCCAGCAAUGGCAAGCUGUACACAAAGGUAAUCAACUGGGUACAGCGCAGCAUUUGGGAGAAUGGAGACUGUCUUGAAGAUCUGAUGGAAGAGGUGCAAACGUUGUACUACUCAGCUGAUCACAAGCUGCUUGAUGGAAAUCCACUAGAUGGACAGGCUGAGGUGUAUGGCAGUGAUGAUGACCACAUUCAGUUUGUGCAGAAAAGGCCACUCCGUGAGAAUGAUCUCAAGCAGUUAAGUAGCAGUUCUUCUGGAAAUCUUUCACCAAAUGCAGCAGUGCAGAAUCUUAAACACGAGUGGAAAAUUGUUGCUUCAGAGAAGACCUCAAAUAACACCUAUUUGUGUCUUGCUGUUCUGGAUGGUGUCUUUUGUGUGAUUUUCCUUCAUGGUCGUAACAGUCCACAGAGUUCCCCAACUAGUACUCCACGAUUGAUGAAAAGUUUGAGUUUUGAGGUUCAACCAGACAAUCUUGUAGAAAAGGUGAUGUCGCCUAUGCAGUAUGCUCGAUCUGGAUUGGGAACAGCAGAACUUAACAGCAAGCUGGUGGCUGCAGGUGGCUACAACAGACAAGAAUGUUUGCGCACUGUGGAAUGCUAUGAUCCACGGACAGAUUGCUGGACUUUCAUCGCACCAAUGAGGACUCCAAGAGCUCGAUUCCAGAUGGCAGUUCUGACGGGACAGCUGUAUGUUGUUGGUGGAUCAAAUGGACACUCUGAUGAUUUAAGUUGUGGGGAGAUGUAUGAUCCCGAAAUAGAUGAUUGGACUCAAGUUCCAGAACUGAGAACUAACCGUUGCAAUGCAGGAGUAUGUGCACUGAAUGGAAAACUGUAUAUUGUUGGUGGGUCAGAUCCUUAUGGACAGAAGGGAUUAAAAAACUGUGAUGUCUUUGAUCCGAUAACAAAAUCUUGGACAAGCUGUGCUUCGCUAAAUAUCCGUAGACACCAGUCUGCUGUAUGUGAACUUGGUGGAUAUUUGUAUAUCAUUGGAGGAGCUGAGUCUUGGAAUUGCCUUAACAGUGUAGAACGUUACAAUCCAGAAAAUAAUACUUGGACGCUAAUUGCAUCGAUGAACGUGGCUAGGCGCGGAGCUGGUGUUGCUGUUUUUGAUGGAAAACUUUUUGUGGGUGGUGGCUUUGACGGCUCCCGUGCAGUCAGCUGUGUGGAAAUGUAUGACCCUGCUAAGAAUGAGUGGAAGAUGAAGGGUAGCAUGACCACACCAAGAAGCAAUGCUGGUUUUGCAGCAGUGAACAACAUGAUCUAUGCAGUGGGAGGAUUUGACGGCAAUGAGUUUCUGAACACAGUUGAAGUCUACAAUUCAGAAUCCAAUGAAUGGAGCCCCUACACAAAAGUCUACAAGUUCUAAUUUCCUUAAAACUAACAGGCUUAGUGAUGUAAUUGUUUUAGUAGAGGUACACAUGUGAAUAAGGUGGGAGGGAAGGGUGAAAGUUGCCAUCAGCAACAAGGCUUUUGCAUAUUGCAUACUAUUAAUAUGCUGUACAUAUUUUUUUAGAAUAAAUGAAGGGUGUUGUAUGCAUUAGAAUUUAAUUUAGACUUAACAUUAGAUUCUUCUGAGAUAAUAAGAAUGUAAGUUGAUGGCAUAUCAUUUCAUGAGCAUCCCCCCAAUGUUAUGUUUUGCUGAUUUGCACAAGCAAAUGUUUUUAUUUUGGAAUUGUUUCUGGUGCAGGAAAGAAACAGCAGUCUUCAUUAUCAGCAAUUACUUUAUAGGCCUUUUUUCUUAAAUAACUGGAAUAAUCUCAUAAGCCUUAUUUAAAUAGCUAAACAGCUUUAUUUAAAAAAAAGCUGACACCUGCCACUUUGACUGCCUUUUAUAACUUUUUAUAUAUUAAUAGAGCCAGGACUCUUAUAAUCUUGAAGUGACACGGCAUACAAAUGUAUGAUGCAAAGAGACAAUCUCAAAAUUCAUAGACUGGAGUAAGACGUUUCAUUUACUGCUGUGAGAGCUAUUAAUUUUUCUCCCCUGCUUUGAUGUUGUAUGAUCUGUUAAUACAUAGUUAUUUUCACUAUAUCUGAAUGGAAUUUCUGAACAUGAGUGUAGUAUGAGUGAGGAAGCAUAACUCUGAAAUUCAGCCAAGCUAGAGGAUGUUUUCUGUAUGGUUCUUAAAUAGUUGUAACAAACAUGCAGAGUUAUAAAAUGCAAAGCAAAAAAAGUCUGUGCUGUCUUAGAAAGCAAGGUUACCUAUCUGAAAAAUUAUUGUAUAAGUUUGUAUCUUUCUACUGCAAGCUGAAAACAUGCCGUAAUAUAAAUUGUGUCUCAUUUCUUUAA